AUGGAAAGCGCGUCGAAGCUUCGCUGUUCUGCCGUUCUUCUAAUAGUUUUCCUGUGUUUUAUCUCUAUCCACUCUUGUAACUCAGAGAAGGUUCUUCUUGUGCCGGCACCAUUUGCCGACAGUCAUUGGAUGGCUCUGGCCCACAUCGGUCGUGCUUUGGUAGACAAAGGUCAUACCGUCGCUGUAGUUGUUUCAGAGGACAUCGUGGGAAAACGACGAGCGGAGUGGCCUGACUUUCAGUUUGAGGCGUUCCAAGACCAGGGAAUCCAAGCAAGAGAACUAUUCGCCUCUGGUUAUGACUAUUAUAGAAACUACUGCGCCCUUCUUCUGGGGAACAGUAACUUGCUUGCCCGCCUAAGGGCCUCCCGGUUCAGUGUGGUUGUUGCCGACCCCCAGUCCCCUUGCGGCGCUAUCCUGGCAUCUAAAAUUGACUCCCGUGUUCCCCUCGUCGCUGUUAUGCGCGUGGAUCAAUUUUUUGCCGAAAAAGUUACCGGCGUUCCACUCCCUAUGUCAUACGUGCCUUUUCUAGGUUCGGACUUUACCGAUGACAUGAGCUUUGUACAGCGACUUCAGAACACGGUCAUGCACACUGUCCUACCCGUGAUAGCACGCUGGGGGGCGAGUAGCCUCCUUGACGAACUGGUCCGGAAGCACAUAGGCGAGAAUGAAACUCUUGAAAGCGUGAUGACACGUACGGACUUGUGGCUUUAUCAAACCGACAAUGUGCUGGAUUUUCCUCGCCCCAGUAUGCCCAACACGGUUCAGGUUGGGGGACUGUUUGUCCAAGAGGCAGCCCCACUGACUGAGGACAUGGAAGCGUUUGUCCAGAGUUCCGGAGACGAUGGAGUGAUUGUCGUCAGUUUCGGGUCCAUGGUAAAGAUGAUGCCGGAAGAGAAGAGAGAAAUCUUCGCGGCAGCCCUCGCCCGACUCCGGCAGAAGGUGGUGUGGCGUUACGUCGGAGAGAAGCCGGCCGGGCUGGGUAGCAACACCAAGCUGAUGGGCUGGCUGCCUCAGAAUGAUCUUCUGGCCCACCCAAAGACCCGAGCCUUCGUCACCCACGCCGGUUCGAACGGGCUGUACGAGGCCCUGCACCACGGCGUGCCCAUGGUCUGCCUGCCGCUAUUCGCUGACCAGCCCGCCAACGCCGCCCGGGUGGUGGCCAGGGGGCUGGGGGUGACGCUGGACUUCAGCACGGUCACCGCAGACCAGCUGUACCAGGCCAUUCUACAUGUUCUCACCAACAACAGCUACCGUGAGACGGCCGCCCGGUUGUCCCGUCUGCACCGUGACCAGCCCCAGUCACCCAUGGAGCGGGCCGUCUGGUGGAUAGAACACGUCAUCCAACAUGGCCGGCUGCCCCAUCUCCGCGCACGCGCCGUGGAGCUGCCGUGGUACCAGUACUACCUGCUGGACGUGGCUGCGUUCCUGCUGUCCGUCUGUUCAGCUGUCCUGGGGACCGUGUGGUGCGGCUGUUCGCUCGUCUGUAGGAAGUGUUGUGGUUGUGCUAAACGUAGCGGCAAGCUCAAGUCUCAAUAG